CGCGCAGGGGCCGCCGCCGAGCUGCCCCCGGGCCGGGCUCCCGGCGCUCUGCUCGUUCGCUCGUCUAGGUUCUCCGCGGGUCCGGCGGCCGCGCCCAUGCAGCCGCGCAGCGAGCGCCCGGCGGGCAGGACCCAGAGCCCCGAGCACGGCAGCCCGGGGCCCGCUCCCGAGGUGCCGCCGCCGCCACCUCCACCGCCGCCGCCGGCAUCCCGGCAGGCCCGUCCCGCAGCACCCAUGGAGCCCGCGCUGCCGCUGCUGAGCCGCGAGGGUCAGAGCGUGGCGCACAAUGCCAAGCGCCACUACCACGACGCCUUCGUGGCCAUGAGCCGCAUGCGGCAGCGCGGGCUGCUGUGCGACAUCGUCCUGCACGCCGCCGCCAAGGAGAUCCGCGCUCACAAAGUGGUGCUGGCCUCCUGCAGCCCCUACUUCCACGCCAUGUUCACAAAUGAGAUGAGUGAGAGCCGCCAGACACACGUGACCCUGCACGACAUCGACCCCCAGGCCCUGGACCAGCUGGUGCAGUUUGCCUACACAGCCGAGAUUGUGGUGGGCGAGGGCAACGUACAGACCCUGCUCCCAGCUGCCAGUCUCCUGCAGCUGAACGGGGUCCGGGAUGCCUGCUGCAAGUUUCUGCUGAGCCAGCUGGACCCUUCCAACUGCCUGGGCAUCCGUGGCUUCGCUGACACCCACGCAUGUGGCGACUUGCUUAAGGCAGCGCACAGGUACGUGCUACAGCACUUCGUGGACGUCGCCAAGACCGAGGAGUUCAUGCUGCUGCCGCUGAAGCAGGUGCUGGAGCUGGUGUCCAGUGACAGCCUGAAUGUGCCCUCAGAGGAAGAGGUGUACCGGGCAGUGCUGAGCUGGGUCAAGCACGAUGUGGAUGCUCGGCGGCAGCACGUGCCCAGGCUGAUGAAGUGUGUGCGGCUGCCCCUGCUGAGCCGAGACUUCCUGCUGGGCCACGUGGAUGCUGAGGGCCUGGUGCGGCACCACCCAGACUGCAAGGACCUUCUGAUCGAGGCCCUCAAGUUCCACCUGCUGCCGGAGCAGAGGGGUGUCCUGGGCUCUAGCCGCACGCGGCCCCGCCGCUGUGAGGGGGCGGGGCCUGUGCUCUUUGCUGUGGGUGGUGGGAGCCUGUUUGCUAUCCAUGGAGACUGUGAAGCCUAUGACACACGCACUGACCGUUGGCACGUGGUAGCCUCAAUGUCCACUCGCCGGGCCCGCGUUGGUGUGGCUGCCGUUGGGAACCGGCUGUACGCUGUGGGCGGCUACGAUGGGACAUCCGACCUGGCGACGGUGGAGUCUUACGACCCUGUGACCAACACGUGGCAGCCCGAGGUGUCAAUGGGCACAAGGCGCAGCUGCCUAGGUGUGGCCACCCUGCACGGGCUCCUGUAUGCAGCCGGCGGCUACGACGGGGCAUCUUGCCUCAACAGCGCCGAGCGCUACGACCCCCUGACGGGAGCCUGGACGUCCAUCGCCGCCAUGAUCACCCGGAGGCGCUACGUGCGUGUGGCCACACUUGAUGGGACCCUCUAUGCCGUCGGCGGCUAUGACAGCUCAUCACACCUGGCCACUGUGGAGAAGUAUGAGCCCCAGGUGAACGCGUGGACCCCUGUGGCCUCCAUGCUGAGUAGACGCAGCUCAGCCGGGGUGGCUGUCCUAGAGGGCGCCCUGUACGUGGCCGGCGGCAAUGACGGCACAAGCUGCCUCAACUCGGUCGAGCGCUUCAGCCCCAAGGCCGGAGCCUGGGAGAGCGUGGCACCCAUGAACAUCCGCAGGAGCACGCAUGACCUGGUGGCCAUGGACGGCUGGCUGUACGCAGUGGGCGGUAAUGAUGGCAGCUCUAGCCUCAACUCCGUGGAGAAGUACAACCCCCGUGCCAAUAAGUGGGUGGCAGCAUCCUGCAUGUUCACCCGGCGUAGCAGCGUGGGCGUGGCUGUGCUGGAGCUGCUCAGCUUCCCACCCCCGUCCUCCCCUACACCAGCCGUGUCAUCCACCAGCCUGUGACCCCACGGCUGCAUGGACACCUCCCAUGUGCCUUAGUCCAGGAGCGGCCCCGGCUCCCACCCCUCAGUCCCCAGGGGACCAGGGACGCCCUGC